ACGCGAGAGGUUGAGACUUGUCAUCUAACCGUCCGUACCUAGGACUCGACCCUGAAUUCUAUCUCUUUCCAUUACCCAACAUAACCCUGCAAAUCCAUUUCGCAUUCAACCAGGUUAUUUCGUAGAAGAGUUGUAGACGUUUUUCCUAUCUUCAUACGGUCCGUGUUAUUGUGUUUUACUUAGAAGAGAUGUUCAUGUCAAAUUGAUUGAAAUUGAAUUUGAAUCUAUUUAUACUUAACGGCAACUCGCUCGCGAUACAGAAAAAAACCUACUGAAGUUGAAGUGAAUUGAUGAAAUAGAGACUUUUGCUGUAAGGAGCUUCGAUUACGUAAUUACGUUUACGAAUAUUAAUAUUGAGGCUAACAUGAAUCAAAGAUAUCUACUAUUUCAGCUAAAGCAAGAAGACUUAUGAAGGCGCCAAGAAUUCCAAUUCCUCUUCUGGUGAUGACAGUGAACAGAAAACAAAAAGCACGCACGUGCUAAAAAAUCUGAAGUAUAUUAGAAGAAGAUAGAUUUUCAAAAAUCUGAUAGAGUUGUCAAAUACGAACUGUAAUUUUCAAGAAGUGCAUGUAGUAGGUGAAUGUAUCUACUUUUUUUUCGAAUUUUUCUAUCGAUGAUAGACAGUUUAGUACUGGUGGACGUCAAAUCUUUAUUGGUCUAGUUCUCCCUUGUUUAGACUGAACAGUUUGGGACUCAGGAGUUCUAAAUAUUUGUCUUGAUAUGCAUUACCAAAUAUUACAAAUAGAAGGGCACACAUUCGGCGAGGAUAGGGUCGCGCAGGAGUUCUAAGUAAUUUUUGUGGUGGAGCAUGAUAAUCGCUUGACGGUACAGGUCAAACUGUGGACGGCGGAUCGCCGCCUGGCCUAACCUAGGCCAGAGCGCGUCCUCACGACGUCAUUUGAUAUGCGCACGUAGAAUGAAUCAUCAUGUUAAAUUUUCGAGGUGGUGGCAAUCUUUAUGGUCGAAUUAAGAGAUUUUUGAGUAAUUCCUUAACAAGUAGUAUCGUUUAUCAUGGUGACUUAACUGGAGACGGACGAGAUACAACUGCUGGUGACGGUAGUACUACUGGUACUGACGGUCACGACGGUAGAGGUAGUGGAGACAAUAACUCGUAUAAUAAUACCUCGUCUUCUAGUGGUGGAGGUCAUCCUCCUGCGUGGUCAUUCUCCGAACAGGAUCCAAGAACAGCGGCAGAGCCUUUUCCGCAACGAGCAGGAGGCUUGAAUAUCGCGCAAGAGCGUCAAGUUAAGGUCGUGCGUAGAUAGAGAAGUACUAUCCGACUGAGAUAAUCAAGAGGAAUAAACGUAUCUGUGAUGUAUGAGAAGCUCUUACUUUUGUAAACAAACCAAGGGGGAAGAUGAACAACGUCCCACCUUCGAGUAAUAAAUAACUAUCUUCAAGGAAUGUUGAGAACUCGAGCUAUGGAAAUUUUCGGCAAGCUGCCGCAUCGAUUCGAAAUCGAAUCUAAAAGGAAAACUUUCUAGUACAACUUCUACCAUCACGUCUAUUUGCUUCUACUUCUAAUCACCUCGUCGACACCUCCAACCAGAUGUCGUUAUCCGGUCCUGCACUGAGCCUCGAUGGGCUGCCCAUCGUCAAUUCGUGGGUGUCCAAGCAUCGACUUUGCGAGAUCGAGUACUUCCACGAUUUCGACUUGGAUCUACAUUUGACGGAAUUUGGGCAGAUAUGUCGAAUGCACAGCCUCGACUUGAUGGAGACGGCUGAUAGAGUUAUGGAUGGAUAGAUGUGCUUUUCUAUCUAACUCGUCCUCGCUGGUAGCAGUACUAGAUAAAGUUGGUCUUAGUUUAUUUCACCAUCAUCAUGCGAUCAAGUACAUCGUCUGCAACCUUCUAGAAAGACACACUUCUAACAAUCAAGGCGCUGACGACAAAUCACCAGCCGAGAAAAGGCUAGCGAGGCAACAGAUCUUGCAGGAUGAGAUGGAGAAGGAAGUAGCCGUCAUGACCCCAGAAGACGAAACGCCAUUAGAACAAGCGAAACAGGAUUUGGUGUUGCAGGUACAGCCAGUUCUACAUCUAGCUGUUGUAAGGCUUUUUUUUGCGUUUGCAAGGAAGUAACUAAGUUGAUUGUGGGAUAGAAAAAGUAGACCAACCUAGUGUAGGCAGGUAUUUAUUGCCCGUCGCAGCAACAUCAUGAAAUCAUCUUUCAAGAUUCGAAAAUUUUACAUUACAAGAACAGGACACAACACGCACUUCGCCACUACCUCCCCACCUAAACACACAACAGGGUUCUUGGCAAGCCAGCGAUGACGAUGGCUUAGGUUAUUUGUUCACUUUGCGUUUGCGGAUUUUGGAAUCUGGUAUUAAUCGCCACAAUCGUGACUUCAUGGACGAAGAUAUCCCUGAAGAAACACGACAGCAAGCGAUCCAGGAAGAACUAAAUCACUUCGCGCAACGAGAAAAACACCGACAGAAAAAAGAGCAACAACAAAGAGAACAAGCAAAUUAUGGCUCUAGACUUUGAACAUGAACCUAGAACUAGACGAUCUGAUCUAGAAAAAGACUACUCAAAUUGUUUCUGUACUACUAGCACUACUAGAUGGUUGGUUACCAGGUUCAAGUAGCAGGGUAUUCGCAUUGCAGGAUUCUUACUCUUUUGGUUCUACAUUAUAGAUGCUAAAAAUGUGAAUUAUUAGGAUUCUUUCUCUAAUCUUUGCAAAACCAGCAACCUCCAGCCGCGAAAUCUAUGACCCCUGGUCUGUCGGUUUUCAAUUACAUGACUGGACUAGGCUCCACGGCCAAUUCUGGCAGCGAACAACGCGAUGACAAUGGUGUCGCCAACAGCAAUGGCAAUGGAGAUGAUAACAUCAUCAAUGUGGGCAAUAGUACAAAUGGUAAUUCUGAUGGAGGCAAUGGCAAUGCUGAUGGUCCAAACACCAACAACAUUGACAACAUUGACAACUCUACAACUACUUCAACGAGAAAAUCCCGUGGUCCGGUUUCUCUAGUGGAUGGCAUCAUUCAGUGGCAUCUGAUACACUGCAGGGAAGACGAGCAUGUCAGGCCAUUGGCUGCUGGGUAUUGAUUUUUAUAUAUUUAAUAUACUGGGAAGACGAGCAUGUCAGGCCAUUGGCUGCUGGGUAUCGAUCUUUAGUCAAAUAUUGGCAAUAUGAUACCGCCGAUGGCUGAGUAUAGUCGUUUGGGAAGAUGCAGUAUGAUGAAUACGCACACGUGGUUGGCUAUGUAUUCUUGUCUUGCACGCACCUAAGCACAUAGUUUUUAUCAUCAACGUCUCGAACUUUCUUUCCUGAACAACGCGAACGGUUCUUUCGUCAUGCGAUGCUCUCGUAUAUUCGCAUUUGGCUUUGUUUUUGUGUCACGACACAGCCGUUACCGAUAAAUCAAAACUACAACAUCUUCUUCAGUGAACGCGACUUCCUCAAGCGCCGAGUGGGUCAAACUGCGAUCGAAAAAGUACGCGGAUUGUAUCGUGCAGGGUGUAUCUACUUCUGUGGCUAUCGGGUGAUCGACCCUCUUCUGGCCGCAGAGGGGAAUGAGGAGACCAAGUUUUCUCUAGCAAACGUGGAUCAAUACGUCUUGAGAUGGGACGACAAAAUCAAGAAGUUCAGGGUACUAACUAAUCAAUGUAUAAUAGAGACUGGUGCUGCUCUGUACUGUUGAAGUAGGACGCUAAACCUAAAUAACUGCUCUUUGUUGAGGACGGCAUGACAAUCAGAAGGAUAAUAGAACGUAGUUGCGUCUUUACGUGCUCUCUGCUAUCUAUGUCUGGAUGCUCUGCAAAACUAUCUGCCCAGAGUUGUAGUCGAUUUUGUCUCACUUCAUUUACCCAAAUACAUCAUGAUCAUCGCUCUCAAGACUCAUAACAAUCGUUUUCAACAGGGCGUGACCCGAAGUAAUCACGGCUGUGCGGAUGUGCGCCAUUGGGAAGCGCCUCUGCUUUCUCGCGUCGUUCACAUUGCUCCGCGUAUGGAGACUUUUUUCCCAGGCAUCGCCACUAUCGCAUCAAGGAGUUGCAGCAAAAUGUCCAGACUCUCGAGUCGUGCGUCGGUUAGUAAAGAAAUUUUGCCUCGACUGGACGACAAUAUUCCGCUAGAUGCUAACCGCCUUCGACUUCCAGGCUCGACGUCGUUAGACGAGGAUCUGCGCAGUAGCCAAGAUGAACCGACCACGACCGGUGGUCCUCGUCACGACACGAGUCGUGGUGGAGAGAUCAUAAAUAGCCAUCUAAUUCUGCAAAGGCCUACUCCUACAGGAGUAGAAUUCCUUGGAGGACGAGGUGGAGGAGCUUAUGCCUCUUGGCAAGGAGAAGCGCAGUUUUUACCUCUGAUGGAGGGAAAUUACAGGUUUCCCGGACUCUAUUUCGAGCACGAACGCGACCUGACUCGGGUCUGUUCAGAGGUUGGUGCAGCCGACGUGGCUGGCCACAGGAUUCAAAUAGGCUGUUUCUCACGUGAUGUUUCUCACGGAAGCACGAUGCUCACUGCCCCAGAGCCUAUGGGCACCACCACACAAGGAGGACAAGGACAAGGACAGAUGAUCAACGCACCAAAUAAUGCCACCACCACAAUAAACUACGCAACCUCUGUAGCUGCAGAUGGUGCAGAUUCACGUGCAUCAGGUAGCACAACGCUCCAACAACAAGCAGAACUACAAGAAACAGAGCUUCAUCGUGGAGUGAGUAAUGUCACAGCUGCGGAUUCGGACAUGACCGUGGGUUCUAGGAUGAUAAGAGGUGGAAUUCCAGGUCCUAUUUCGUCCGGCACAGCCACCCGUGACGGACUCAUAGGCACGAGUUUGGACGUUGCGGCUGCUUUGGAGAAUUACAGAAAAGGCGGUCCGCGCGCACAGGAGCCCUAUAUCGGGUCUCAACCUGCAAGGGAACAUCAAGUGGUAAAUAACCCAGUAAACGUAAACGCUGGAGUUGGAGGACAACAAGGAUACUAUCCUCAAAACGGUAUCAACCAACAUCAAAGUCCUCUGGAGGGAGAGAGUUUGAGUGGCAGUACCAAUAUUCUAGCCGCACGGUCAGCGAGUCGAAGCAUUUUGAAACAAUCUGAUGGACCACAGGAAUUUGGUCAGCAACAGCCUGGUGGGCAUCAAGUAGACGAUCAACAACAUAAUACUGGAUCCUGGUGGCCAGGAUCUAAAUCUGGGACUUUUAGUGACGCAAAAGCAGAAGUUCGUUCGCUCUCUCCUUUGAGGAAUCUUCACGAGAGGGACAGUUUGAAUUUCAACAACAAUCACAGUAGUAACAAGAUGACGAAGAUGAAUGUACAACAGAAAGCCAGUACAUCGGAUCAGCAGAUGCAGUGCCCGAUAUGCUUAGAUGUAUGAUGCCACUCAUUGAGAACGAAAAUAUGGGAAUGUCGUUCCACCUAAGGGGGGGAACGACAUUCCCUUAUCGACAUUGUCAAUGAGUGGGAGCGUUCAUUAGACGACUUUGAGCGCCUGACUCGUGCACCCUGCGGACACGGGUUCUGUUUGAGGUGUAUUUGUCAGACACUCACAUCCAGUAGGCCAAGAGACAUCUGCAAGUGCCCACUUUGUCGCGAAGUGGUUACUCUGGUUUCCCUGUCCGAUGAAAACGGCUUUCCGGUUGUCGGAGGCGGAUUUUUUCUGGCGCCGCCUGCAUAUUGAUAAGUAAAGAAUUUCAAGGGGUGGCGACAGCUUAUUAGCUAGCUCGGUAGCUAGCUUGAUAAUUGAUUCUACAGUAUCAAUCGCUGUCCCAUCAUCUUGUAGUACACCAAUACCAACUUCUACUUUCGGUUGAAAGUGGAUGAUCUUGUUAGAAAACUCUGUACCGUUUUUGACUUUUUGUUCAUCAACAUGGAUCUUUUUGUUCUUUAAUCGUGUGUCAUUGAGAGUAAGAACUAACUUUUCACCCAUCCCAAGGACGAGUGAAAGUAGAAUAUUAACAAUGGGGAAAAGGAACAAGAAGAUUUUAUUCUUCAUCGGAUAUAUCUGUCUUUAUUGCUUGGAGGUUUGUUUGAAGAUAUGAUCGAGUUGAAUAAUAUCGUCAUCUGAGAUAAUAGACAUCAACUUACUUACUAGGGUAGUUGAUGAUCCGAAAUAGAAAUGCACUAAAUUUUUAAUGACAUGAUAAAUAAAUGCUACUAACUAGGUACUACUUACUAGCUUUCGAUCUGAUCAGAUCAUAUCGAUUGUUUCCUAAGUUUCGAGUGUUGAUUGGAUCAUUUCGAUUGUUUCCAACAUUCCUCCUGCUAGUGUACUAGUUCUUCAUCAUCAUCUUCUAGUUCUAGUAGAUUGCUCUUUCUUCAACUUCAUGAAUCCAGGAUUCCUCAUGUAACCGUAAAAUACGAAGAAUAGGAAGAUCUCCACUUAUUCAGUAAUGUUGGAUGUAA